AUGAAGAUUGCAUUUCUUCUGACGAUUCAUUUCUGUCUGCUGGUUUUCGCUCAUUGCUAUGGUGGGAAUGGAUAUGAUCCUCUCGAGAACGUUUUAAGCAUCCAACGUUCUAAAAGAUCAGCACAAGAUCAUAUCGAGCUCACAGCCGAGAACUCAUACUCACCGGUAUACGUGGGCCCACAAGAUGGAUUGAAAGAUGUCGACAAGAUAUCAUCUUUGCCAGGUCAACCAAAUGGAACAGAUUUUGACCAGUAUUCAGGGUAUGUAACUGUGGACCCACACCAUGGGAGAGCACUCUUCUAUUAUCUUGCAGAGUCACCCAUUAACUCUUCCACUAAUCCUCUUGUACUAUGGCUCAAUGGAGGUCCGGGUUGCUCUUCAUUUGGAAACGGGGCAAUGAUGGAACUUGGACCAUUUCGAGUUAAUGCUGAUAAUGUAACCCUGUCACGAAAUAAAUAUGCAUGGAACAAUGUUGCAAAUGUACUUUUCUUGGAAUCCCCGGCUGGAGUGGGAUUUUCUUACUCAAAUACAUCUUCCGAUUAUAAAACUGGAGACAUACAAACAGCUAAAGAUUCGUACACGUUUCUAAUCAAUUGGUUAGAAAGGUUCCCAGAAUAUAAAAGUAGAGAUUUUUAUAUCACGGGAGAAAGCUACGCAGGACAUUACAUCCCACAACUCGCGCAAUUAAUUGUUCAAAACAACAAGAUCACUAAUCAAACUGUCAUCAACCUCAAAGGAAUUGCUCUCGGAAAUGCAUAUGUCGAUGAUGAAACAGAAAACACAGGACUAUUCGACUAUUUCUGGACACACGCCAUUAUUUCUGAUGAAAUCCAUGAAGGAAUCAUCUCCAACUGCAAUUUUACAGAGGCUGGAACCAUAACAGAUGCAUGUAACGACUAUAAAAUACAGGCAUUUGCUGCUAAAAGCAACAUCUACUUCUAUGACAUCUAUGCUCCUUUAUGUUCACCAUCAAGCAAUAGCACUCCAUCGAUAUCAGCGUUUGAUCCAUGCACAGAAAAUUAUAUUAGCUCAUACUUGAACAUAGCUUCAGUGCAACAGUCACUUCAUGCAAAACCAGUCAAGUGGGAAUCUUGCAACGAAUACAUAAACAAACACUGGACAGACCUCCCUUUUACAGUCUUGCCGGUGAUUCAGGAUUUAAUGGCCACCGGAAUCAGUGUUUGGAUCUACAGCGGAGACACUGAUGCGAGAGUACCUGUGACAACAAGUAGGUAUUCAAUAGACAAACUACAAACAUCAGUGAAGACACCAUGGUACCCAUGGAUGUAUGAAGAAAAGGUAGGUGGAUAUGUUGUUGGAUACCAAAACCUAACAUUUGUGACCAUAAGAGGAGCUGGACACUUUGUCCCAAGCUACCAACCAGCUCGUGCACUUGCGUUUUUCUCUUCGUUCUUGGAGGGAAAGCUUCCGUGA